CUUCCUGUACACAUCACAGAAGUUUUGUUUUCGAUUUGCUAAAACGCUAUUACAAGAUUAUUGAUAGAUUACUGUCAGCCAGUCAGCCAUUGAAAUAAAGGACAGAUGCCAAAAUGAGGAGACUGAAUGCCCUUAACCAGAAACAAGCCUUAAAAGUUGUGAAGGAACUUGAUGCCUUUCCUAAAGUUCCAGACGACUACAAGAAGACAACACCCACAGGAGGGGGAGUGUCCAUCGUUGUAUUCAUCCUCAUUGCUAUCCUUGUGAUGUCAGAGGUGGCUUAUUAUGCAUCCACACAGCUCAAAUUUGACUACGAAGUUGAUACAGAUGCUGACGGGAAACUGAAGAUCAACAUUGAUAUGACAGUAGCCAUGCCUUGCCAAUUGAUUGGAGCAGAUGUGGUUGAUAUGACCGGACAAGACACCAACAUGUUUGGACGCUUGACCUUAGACCAGACAUAUUUUGAACUUACACCCCGACAGCGUCAGUAUCAGGAUGUUGUCCAGGAGAUUAAUGCCUAUCUAAGGGAAGAGUAUCAUGCCAUACAAGAACUUCUGUGGAUGUCAAGUAUCUCAGCCGUCUACAAACAGGGCAUGCCGGAAAGGGAUGACAAUCCAGUGGGACAGCCGGACGCCUGUCGAGUUCACGGAUCCCUGGAGGUCAACAAAGUGGCUGGAAACUUCCAUAUAACAGCAGGAAAAUCGGUGCCGAUGAUACCAAGAGGACACGCCCACAUCUCCAUGAUGAUUAAGAAUUCUGAUUACAACUUCUCUCACAGAAUUGACCAUUUCUCAUUCGGCGAAGCAGUCAAUGGUGUAAUCAACCCUCUUGACGGAGAAGAAAAUGUCACUCCGGACAACUUCCAUAUGUAUCAAUACUUCAUGCAGAUCGUGCCAACAGAGGUUCGAACUUAUGCUGCCAACGUUGACACCUACCAAUACGCUGUUUCUCACCGGAACCGAAGCAUUGACCAUUCUUCUGGGAGUCACGGAGUGCCGGGAAUAUUUGUAAAGUAUGAUCUGAAUUCCCUGAAAAUUCGUGUUCGAGAGGUUCACCGACCAUUUGGACAGUUUCUCAUACGUUUAGUUGGUAUCAUCGGAGGAAUAUUUUCUGUAUCAGGUAUAAUGCAUUCCCUAGGUGGUGUGAUAACAGAUUUCGUUUGCUGCAAUUUCAAACUUGGACAAUACAAGAAGGAGGACAUACCCAGCAGUAUGGCCAACUCUAGUUCAAUCACAGACAAUUUUCCCUCGGAACAAAUUCCCGGGGUCAAUUUACUGGCAACAGACAGCUGAUGAUAGUUCUUAUAGAUGAAUUUAUUUUUAAUUGUGUGUUUGGAUGUUGAUUAUCUUGUGGGUACUGAAAGUACUUACAUACAUUCCUGAGGAGUAUUUAAUUUGAUAUACAUCAAUUUGUAAAUCAUGAUAAAUAUAUGUGCAAGUCUUUGUGAAGACUGACUUGCAAUUUUUCUACAGUGUGUAUAUUUUUACAUGUUUUGUAUGCGAGGUUAGACUUUGAAGAUGAGGUAGACAUCUUUGUUGGAUUGAAUUAAAUCACCAUGUCAUCAAGAUUAUUUAAAUACCUGCCAAGUAUACAGGAUAAUUAUGAAUAUUUUUUUGUUAAAAGAAAAAUUUAUUUAAUGGUACUUUGAGAAAACUGAUCACCGGUAUGUGUAUUUCUGAUCAGAACUGAGGAAGUUUGAAAGUUUUUAUUAAUUCCAACUUAAGUCUGUGUAAAGGUGAAGCUUCAUUUUACUGACAUCGACUUUAAACAUGUGUUGAGAACUUUCAUAUUCCAUGCAACAAUCUGGAAAGUUUCCCAAUAUGCAGUUUGGUAGUUAUUUUACAACUUCGUCUCACCUGCAACAAAUUAUUUUUUCCGGCAGCGUCAACAUUUCACAUCUAGUGCUGCAUCUAGAUUCGUUGCUCAAGAAGUAUAACUCCAACUUUAACCAAGAUUGGUAUAUAGUUAGAUCACAUUGUAGAAAUCUCAACUCAGCCUUCAUUUAUUGAAUAUCACCUAGAAUUAAUUGUCUAGCAACUCUCGAAUUUAGGGAUGCUCAGAAUCUGGUCUUUAAAGUUUCAUUUUUAGCUCAGUUUCUCAAAAUGCAUGAAUGUUAUUUCAACCAAACCUGGACUAUAGUCACAAUGCAGGAUGGACAUCUCAUCACACCCUAUAGAUUACAUGAAUUUUAUUUUUUUUUCUGUAUUUUUUGGUUAAAAACCUUACAUUUUCUGAAGUUGAACUUUAAUUUUAUAAUAAAUCAGAUGUAUUUUCCUCUCACUUAUCAGAAAGAUUGAUUUUUGGGGUGAAAAUUGACAUAUUUAGGUGAGUUUUGAGUGUUCCCCAUUAGUGAUUUUGAAAUAAUUGGCAUUUGUUUUGCAAAGCAAUCAUGCAUCAAUAUUUACACAUGUCUAUAAUGUAUUAUU